UAGUAACAAACAAUUAUAAGGAAAAUGUUAGUUUUUACAUCCCUAGUGAUGCUUUAUAUGCACAUCCAAGCCGGCUACCGGAGUUGUUUGUUUGUAUCCGAAAAAUAACAACACAAUUGAACAUAGUCAAGAUGUCUGAAAAGAAAGAUGGAACUGGACCUGGGGGAGAAGAAGAGUUUUCUGUCGAAAAAAUAUUAGAUCGUCGUGUGAGACUUGGAAAGGUGGAAUACUAUUUAAAAUGGAAAGGCUACAAUGAUGAAGAUAAUACUUGGGAGCCAGAAGAAAAUCUGGAUUGCCCUGAGCUUAUUCAGGCUUUCGAGGAUGCGAGGAAGAAAAAGGAAGCUGAGGGUAACAAAGGUACCAAAACUGAAAAGGACCUCAAGAAGAAGAAAUCAACAGCUGCAACGCCUGACCUAAAAGGAGCUAUGAAAAUUAAGAGUGACACGAAAAAGCCCUCGGGCUUCAGUAGAGGCAUGGAACCAGAGAAAAUUAUUGGAGCUACAGACAGCAGUGGAGAGUUGAUGUUCCUGAUGAAGUGGCAAGGGACAGACGAGGCUGACCUUGUGCCAGCCAAGCAGGCGAACCAGCAGUGUCCCCAAGUUGUUAUACAGUUCUAUGAAGAGAGGUUGACAUGGCAUACCCCGGCUACCGAUGAAGAGACCAAUGAAGAUUAGGUACACUCUUCGGUUAAUGUGAUCUCAGCACAAAGAAGAUUAAAUGUAUUUUUUGAAGUUUUCUUUUAAUGUACCUACAUUCGAGUUGAAAUAUUUGAUCAUGUAUUUAUGUAAUUCUAAAUUAUAAUAAUUAUAACUGGUACGAGGGGAGGUCCAAAAGUUCGUGGAAUGGGAGGGUUUGAAAUAAAAUGAAACAACGAAACUAUUUUUCCUUUUCAAUAUAAUCACCCUGAAGUUGAAUACAUUUAUUAGAUCUAAGAAUUAAUUUUUCUAAACCGUCGUAAAAAUAUUUUAUAUCUUUUUCCGCAAAAUGAGCCAUAAUUGCCUCCUUUAAGUAUUUCAUUGUCGGCGGAAAAUUUCCUUCCCCUUAGGUCUUUUUUUAAAUUUGGGAACAAAUAAAAAUCACUUGGGGCCAGAUCUGGACUGUAGGGUGGGUGGAGUAGCGAUUCGAAGCCACGUGUGUGCAGAGCAGCCAUUGCAACUCUGCUCUUGUGAACCGGUGCGUUGUCUUGCAAAAGCAACACACCUUUGGUCAGUUUUCCUUGAUGGACUCCUUUAAUUUUUCUAGAAUCGUUGCGUAGUAUUCUCCUGUUAUGGUCCUUCCCUUUUCUUUAUAAUCAAUCAGUAGUAUCCCUUCACAAUCCCCUCCAUUCCACGAACUUUUCGACCUCUCCGCGUAAUACGUAAAAAUUCAUAAAGCAACAUACUUCUAACUACAACACAAAUCAAAUAAUACUUUUUUUAGAACACUUUAAUUAAUUAAGGGUUAAUUUUAUCAUUGUGUGGGU